UUGACCUCUACUCUCAUCUCGAUUAUGCUCGAUAUGAAUUCUGUCAUUCCCAUUCACCCUCCAGCCGACAGGCCGUCUCUCACCUCCUCAUCAACUGCCAGCUCUUCGUCCUCCAUCUUAUUCACCGAGGGCGAGGUGGAAGUCGUCACAACGGAUGGAGUUAGGCACGUGCCAUUAAAACUGGACGCAAGACAUUACAAACAACCAACGUUUGCUUCUCGCUUACUCGACUGCCUCCGUAAACUCAAAGUUCCGACCUGGACGAGCUCAGAUGUUCAGCCCCACGACCUGCGGAUCGCUAAAGUCUCGGGUUCCUUGACCAAUGCUGUCUUCUUUGUCUCAUCUUCGUUGUCGGGCUAUCGGACCGUCUUACUUCGAAUUUACGGUCCUUCCUCUGGCUCGUUAAUCUCACGAGUGAGGGAGCUGAAUACGCUACAUAUACUUUCCUCCCAGUAUCACAUCGGUCCGCGCGUCUAUGGGACAUUUGAAAAUGGUCGCAUCGAAGAAUACUUUGAAUCAACUACACUGAGUGCGGCGGAUCUCAGAAACCCAAAGAUCAGUCGGUGGAUUGGUGCAAGAAUGGCCGAGCUCCACUCAGUAGACGUCGAAGCAAUUGAAGGGACGUCACCUGACACUCGGGGCGAAGGUAAUGGGUGGGAAAUUGCUGUAAAAAAGAACAUCAAGUCUUGGAUUAUCCCCGCCCGCGACGUUCUUGCACUCCCGCUUGUCUCGGACUCGCUGAGGAAAGAGUUUGACUUGGACGGCUUCAUGCAAACUUGGGAACGGUACUCCCACUGGCUAGCGUCAGUUGAUGACGUGCACAAAGGUAGUCGCCGGGUGUUUGCUCACAACGAUACCCAAUACGGCAACUUGCUACUUUUGAACAAACGCAACGAGAACCUGCCUGAGCAUCGACAGAUCAUCGUUGUUGAUUUCGAAUAUGCCUCCCCGAACCCGGCCAGUUUCGAUAUCGCGAACCACUGGCAUGAAUGGACUGCGGACUACCAUUCCCAGACGCCUCAUAUUCUUGAUCACACGCGCUACCCGACCAAAGAAGAGCGCGACAACUUUUACAUGGCCUAUCUUCAGCACGCCGCCGAGACUCCUUUAUCGCCAUCGGAGCUUACUAAACUUGCUCGUGAUCUUGACGAGCAAGUUCGAGCCUGGAGCCCUGCUUCCCAUGCGAUGUGGACCAUUUGGGGAAUUGUCCAGGCUCGCGAAGACGUCGAAAAUCAGGUCGAAGAGCCAGAGUUUGACUACAUCUCCUACGCCAAAUGCCGACUCGCUGCCUUCAAACGAGAAGUCAAGCAACUGGGCCUCUGA